AACUAGAUUAACCUCGUAAAUCAGAAAAAUUAUUUAGUCUGAAAAAUAAGCAAUCUAAAAAUACCUCGUAUGUGAGGUAUCAAGAAGGCACUGCAAAUGAAUGGAGUAACCUCGUAAGUAACAGAGAUCCUGUAUGAAUCUAAUGGUGCAGUCUGUGUCUUGAUGUAGCUGUCUGGUUUUCGUUACAUUUCUAGCCUAUUCAAUCAGAAAAUAUGGAUCCUCUUGAAACCAGCCAACAGAAUCUGAUGGGUGUAGACCUGGAUGAUGAUGGAUGGAUCGAUGAUUGGAUGAGUGAUCUACAUAAUUGCCCUUCUGCUCAAAUAGAAUUAACUGAGAAUGGAACUUCAAGAGCAUCUUUAAUUCCACACAAUUGCAGCUCAAGCCCACACAAAACUUGUGAAAACGUCACUGAGGAAACAUGCAUAAGAGAAGAUGAAACUGCCUAUUAUAAAAUUGUUGACAGUGAAGAUAAUCUCAUCAUGGAUGCUACUACUUUUCUGCCAGUCAAUCCUGAAAUAGAAGCUGACAGACCUUCAAGAACAGCUUCAACCCAACAAUGACUACUUGUACAAGUAAUUUAGAUGAAGAAAACAGUCGUGAUUGUAACUUUUUGGAAUCUUGUAGUUCUAUUGAAAUUGAACACAGUUACAGUUCAAGUCCAAACAAAACUUGUAAAAAUAAUAACAUCGACAUCAUGGAAGAGAUUAUGAAAGAGCCUGGAACUGGAAAUUGCCAAAUUGUGAUUAAUAAAAAUAAUGAUGUCAUCGUGGAAGAAAGUAUAAAAGAAUCUGAAACUGCCUGUGACCAAAUUUCUUCAUUUCUGCCUCAAGAAACCAAUAUUAAUCUAUGUGAUGAAGAAUAUGGAAGUAAUGAUGAAGCAGCUGCAGAUGAUCCAGAUUAUGUUGUAUCAGAACAAAGCUCUUUAGAUGACAUCAUUGAUGUGAAUCAAGAAGAAUUAAUUGAAAAUAAUGCUUUGGGUAGGUUCAUCAAUAAAAGAAAUAGAAAAGGCCAAGCAAAACGUGAAGAGUGGUUUGAUUCCAAAAAUAAAAAGCUCCGUGAACAAGGGAAACAAUACACUGGAUGGAAAAAAGAAGAAAGUGGGAAAAGUAAAAGAGGAAAAGAGAGAAAAUCAAGAAAAUUAGGACCAAGAUGCCAAGGUAGGGGAUGUCAAAGAUCUGGGAGAACCUGUAAUGAAGUUUCAAAUGAUGAGAGAGAAACUAUUUUCAGAGACUUCUGGACAAAUUUAUCUUGGGGUCAGAAAAAGACCUAUAUUGCCUCAUUGGUGAGCUGUGGAAUGAAGAAGAGUGUCAAGAAUCCAGGAGCAGCUUCAAGGCGGAAGUCAACAUUAACAUACACUGUUAAAACCACAAAUGGUGUAGUUCAUAAAGUUUGUAAACCCUUUUUCUUAAAUACCUUCGCUUUAGGGGAGUGGACAGUCAAGAAUUGGGCAGCAGAUUCCACCAAUGCUGCUCAAGGGCAUGCAAUCACACCUGCAAAAGUAGCUAGACCAAGAAGAGGGCUUGGUGAGAAUAACCCAAGAGCUGCAGCAAAGCUGAAUGAAUUUUUGGACAACAUGCCCAAACUACCAGCUCACUAUUGUAGGAGGGACUCUUCAAAGCUGUAUAUUGAGCCAGUAUUUGGAAACCGAAUGGCAGAUGUCUAUGCAGAAUAUAAAAGGCAGUGUGAAAAUGAUGAAGAACCAAUAAAACCGUUGUCCACAUGCACAUUUUACAAGAUAAUCCAUAGCAAAAAACUAUCAUUUCAGCAGCCAAAAAAAGACAGAUGUGACUUUUGUGUUGCAAAAGAUGCUGGACUAAUCAGUGAAGAAGAUUACAUUGAACAUGUUAAAUUGAAAGAUAGGGCCAGACAAGAAAAAGCUGAUGACAAGCUGAAAGCUGAUGAAGGUUCUCUAUUUGUCAUUAGCCAAGAUGUCCAAGCAGUGAAGGUGUGUCCAAGUUUAAAUGCAUCAGCUCUAUACUUCAAAACAAAAUUAGUCUGUCACAAUUUUUCAAUUUAUGAGAUGAAGUCUCAUUUUGCAAAAUCAUUUUGGUUCAAUGAGACACAAGCUGACUUAUCAGCAUCAACCUUUGCCAGCUGUGUAAUAGACUUUUUAGAGAAUCGGUGGAAUAAAGAUGAGAAGACUCCUAUUGUUAUUUGGAGUGAUGGUUGCACUAGCCAAAAUAGAAAUGUGAUAAUGGCAAAUGCUCUGUUAUCUUUCAGCAAGGAACAUGAUGUUGAAAUACAACAAAAGUUUUUGGAAAAAGGCCAUACUCAGAUGGAAGUGGACUCAAUACAUGCCAUGAUUGAAAACAAAAUCAACAAUCAGCCAAUCCACUUACCAAGUGACUAUAUAAGGCUGGCAGCAUGUGCCAGAUCAAAUCCAAGCCCUAUUGAACAAAAGGAACUCACCUACGACUUUGUGAAAAACUUUGCUAAGGCAGACCUAUUGAUGUAUGAUAGUAUUAGACCUGGUAGAAAACCAGGUGAUCCUGUGGUGACAGAUAUAAGAGUGAUUCGCUACAAAGAUGGUGAGAUUUCAGUCAAAACAAAAUCAUUUGAUAAUGAAUUUCUUGCUAUUCCUCAAAGAAAACGGAGGAACACUGUUGCUAAAUUAGCUCAAUUCAAACAACUACACAAAGAACCACUAAAAAUAACAAAAACUAAAUGGACCCACUUGCAGCAACUUAAAUCAGUGAUACCUACAGACUGCCAUCCAUUCUAUGAUACUAUAGCUUAUGAAUAAAUUAGA